CUGUGAAAUCAUCCACAGCAGGACAAAAAACAUGUCCUGGGAGUUACACUGCGAUCAAUGUGUUCUGUUUGUAGGUUGCCAUGACACAGUCGUCCGGUAACAGUGGAUACCUGGUGAUUUACCUCAACGGCAGAUUCUCAGGAGUGUUUCACCUGAGACGCGAUCAACACACAGCAUAUACGUACAUGAACAGCACACACAGUCUGUCAGACACCCUAAAGGACUACGCUCUGCCCCUGGCUGUCUUCUCGUUUUGUCAUCAAACAAGGAGGGAUUUCAGGCACACUGCAAUUAUGCUUUUUUGAGGCUUAUCUCUUGACAUGUCAUCGUGGUUCCUGACCAGAGCUCUCACCAUUUUUAGAUGGCUUUUCUCUUAAAUCAAGCAGGCUAAGAUGAAGGCCAAGGCUUUGUCAGUGAGGGAGUGUGCCUGGAUGUCUGAGGAGUGCCACCUGGUGGACGAGCUGCAUGCAGACUCCCAGGGCGACGGCCUGUGCUUACCAAACAUCUUCAGGUCCAAAAAAGUGAAGUCACUCACCAGGACUGAAACUGGACCCACUUACCAGGUCUACCAUACAGCCAGAGAGCUUCUGCUGGAAGUGCUAGACAGAGGAGCCAUCCGGGAGCUGAUCAGGAGAGCUGCCGGGGUGAAGGCAGGCUCUAACCGUUCGUCAUAUAACCAGAGCAAAGAGCAGAGUGCAGAUCUCUCUGAGGGGGAGUACGCUGAGACGUUAACAUGGUUCUCUAUAGUCUUACAAAGCGGCCUGUCUGUAGGAGAGAACAGCAGCUUUGACUCUGAGCUCACCCUAAAACUGGAUGGAUGGCAGGGCGUCCUGAAGAGAAACAGCUUCCAGACCAGCCUCCUGUCACUGACCAGACUGGAGAACAAAGACAAGUUGGAAGCCCUCUCUGCUUUCUGUAGCCACAUAACAAGGCGGUAUCAGGCCUUGUACACACCUGGUCACAACCUGGCCGUGAAGAAAUACAGACUUUUCUACCAGCAGGGUCCUUGCUCCCUCCAUCUCGCCCUCCUCUGCGACACGAGCUCUGGGUUCAUCUGUAACAUGUAUCUGUACUGUCCCAAGCAACUCCAGAAGCAGAGCAGGAAACCUGUAGUCGAGCAGGUGGUUGGACACCUGAUGAAACCCUUCUGCAGCCACAGACACCCAGUUCAGCUGGACAGCUCUGCUUGGAUGGAGGGCAGACUCACAGACAUCUUCUCUAGCUUAGGAGUCAUGAUUAAUUUUGCUCCAACUGUUAAAAUGCCUGUCAUGGAUCCAACAUCAUCUCCAUCAGUGGCGCCACCUCAGCCACAAACAUCUGAGGGUUCAUCUCAACUUGUAGCCCACCUGCAGGGCUGGACCGGACCUGCUCUGGUUCCUCCAUCAGACCUGAAGGGAUCGGUGGUAGAUGUGUUUCUCCCAGGCCUCUGGGCAGCGCUGCACAUCAUCUGCAUCAACACGUUUACACUCCACACACUGCAGAACCAGGGCUCAGACAGGCAGGUCCAGCUGACAGAGUUCACCAGGACUCUGGCCUCCCAGCUGGUCGUGGACAGCAGCGUCACCGUGCCUGUUCUGCCGCGGCUGAAUAGCACCUCAUACCAAGACACAAAUCUAACAAGCAGUUCAAAGCAGAGGACAAGCACAAUCAGCUGUGGUCAGUUGAUGGAAAAUGAGAAACGAGAAUCCUGCAUCCCUGCAGCGAGGCUGCACAGGUGGAACAGACCAGGAGUCUGCGGUUUGGACAACUCGGGCAACUCCUGCUAUUUAAAUGCUGUGCUACAGUGUCUGUGCUCCACUGUGCCCUUCGUGGAGCACCUCCUUAAUCAAAACACUCGCAAAGAGCUGGCAAGGUCCAAGUGCCGGGUGGCCGAGGUGUUUGUACGCCUGCUGGAGGAAAUGUGGAUGGGAAGGAGUUCCAGCUGUGCACCUGUGGAGGCCAGGUCUGUGCUUUGCUCCAUCCUCCCCCAGUUCAACAACUACUCUCAGCAAGACGCCCAGGAACUGCUGCUCUUUCUCCUCAACGCACUCCACGACGACCUCAAAAAGGCUGCAAAGCGUCAGAUGCGCUCCUCGAAAAGACAGCAGAGACAAGACCGUAACAGAAGCGGCGCCUCUGCAGCGGGCGAGUCCACCAUUGUGUCACAUCUGUUCGAAGGCCAGCUGAGCUACACGACCCUCUGCAUGCGCUGCGAUUACCAGGCUCACAGCACACAGACCUUCACUGUACUGUCCCUGCCGAUUCCAACAGACAACAUUAAGUGCUCCAUUCAGGACUGCCUGUCACUGUUCUUCGAGCAGAGUAUCCUCACCGGGGCAGAGCAGAUGCUGUGUUCAGUGUGUGGGCUGAGGAGAGAAACGACAGUCUUCACAUGUUUGGAGAAACCUCCCGAGAUCCUCAUGUUGCACCUGAAAAGGUGGGCAAGUGCUACCAUGUCCAAUAGUCUAUUAGCUGUAAACCAUCUCAUCUCCAGGUUUGGCUGUAAGGGGAAGAACCAGGUGAAACUGAGGACUAAUGUUACGUUCUCCGCGAAGCUCGAUCUCAGCCCAUUCCUAUCCAGCUCAGUGCAAAACAACUCAUAUUUUUCGUAUCGCCUGUAUGCUGUUGUGAACCACACAGGUAAUCUGAAUGUAGGUCACUACACAGCUCUGUGCCACAGUGCCCUGACCCACACCUGGCACUGGUUUGACGACUCAGCGGUCAGAGAGGUGCAGGACGGCCUCGUGCAAUCUCCAAACGCCUACAUGCUGCUCUACAGCCACAAACCCUUUCAAAAGCCAAACAUUCAUGGACUCUGA